AACGCAGUGAGGCAGCAGCAGCAGACGCUCAGUGCAGCUCUCAGUGUGCGGAGCGGAGGAGGACCGACGGCACAGACUGUAGUUAUGCCUCAGCCCCGGGAAUACAUAUCUCCCCUCGCUCUCUCUCUGUCACACACUCUGCUGCCUCGUCUUUUCUCCCCUCGAGUUCACUUUUAUUAUCCGUCUCUUUUCUUUUGGAGAAGUCGAUAAGGGAAAGCCGGCCGUGCGUCAUGGUGCGUCUUUGCGCAUUAUUCCUGGAUCUUUAAAAAAAAAAGAAGUGAUUUCUUUUGCCUGGACUAAAAUGAAGCGCCUUUUCUGUGUGAAGGAGAGGAGAGACAGCGUUUCGCAGCCCGUGUCUCUCUCUGAAUGUUUGGCUGCCGCUGCUGGUGAUCUGCGUGAAGCCACUGAAUAAAUCGGCGCUCUCUGUAAGGGAAAACGGGUUGCAGUAAGCGGCUUUUUCUCCCUCCGAUUCUCCUCCGCCUCUGACAAUGUGCCAAGUCCAUCCAUCAUACAGGAUCCCGCUGAUUUGUGAUGGUUUUGCUCUUUUUCUUUUCCAGGAUUGAUUUUAUUUGGGAGGGUUUUUGGAUUUUUUUGGAUUCAAAGUGAAGGUCAAUGGAGAGAUUUGCGCAUCCGCCGUGCGUCACGGUCCCAUUUUAACACCAAAUAGCCGUGGUGCGCCUAUUUUCUGCCCGCCUUUAUGUUUGUGUGGUGUGAGAGUGUGUGUUUGUGUGUGUGUGUGUGUGUAUGUGUGUGAGCGCCUCUACCUCUUUUUUCCCCUCACCCUCCCUACUGUGAGAACUCACCCUCUGAUUUUUCUCCCCCUCCUCCUCCUCCAUCCAAGGCUGCAAAGUUAAAUGCUGGAUCUAUAUUUCAGCGACCAUUUCUGGCUGUAAAAAUGCUGAGCGGCGUCCUCUUUCUGAGCGUCCUCACGGUCAGCCUGUCACCGUCCGAAACGGAGAGCCGCAAAACUUCAGCCUCCAAAGAAAUCUGCAAAACCCGCUGCGCCUGCGAGGAGCGGGAGAACAUACUGAACAUCAACUGUGAGAAUAAAGGAUUUACCACCGUCAGUCAGUUCCAGGCGCCCCCAAAUAAAAUCUCGCAGCUUUUUUUGAAUGGAAACUUCCUGUCACGGCUCAGCGCCAAUGAGUUUGUCAAUUAUGGCAAUGUCACUUCACUGCAUCUUGGGAAUAACGGCUUGCAGGAGAUCCGAACCGGCGCUUUUAACGGGCUGCGCUUCCUGAAGCGGCUCCACUUGAACAACAACAACCUGGAGGUGAUUAAAGAGGACACAUUUGCAGGACUGGAGAGUUUGGAAUAUUUACAGGCAGACUAUAAUUAUAUCAGCGCCAUAGAGCCGGGUGCGUUCAGUAAGCUGAAUAAACUCAAAGUGUUGAUCUUAAAUGACAACCUGCUGUUGUCUUUGCCACCCAAUAUUUUCCGCUUUGUGCUCCUCACCCACUUGGAUUUACGUGGCAAUCGGCUCAAAAUGCUGCCGUUUGCAGGGGUUUUAGAGCACAUAGGCGGGAUCAUGGAGAUCCAGCUGGAGGAGAACCCGUGGAAUUGCACCUGUGAUCUGAUUCCCCUCAAAUCCUGGUUGGACACUAUUUCUGUCUUCGUUGGGGACAUAGUGUGUGAGACGCCGUUCAGGCUGCACGGUAAAGACAUCACCCAGCUCAUAAAGCAGGAUCUGUGCCCGCGCAGGAAUGCUGGUGAGCGUGUCCACCCCCCCUCUGACUCUCACUUUCAAGGAGCCCUUCCCCCGACCUACCACCCCGGCAUUAUCACCCCCACCCGUGCCCCGAAAGCUUCCCGUCCUCCCAAAAUGCGCUACAGGCCCACCCCUCGCAUCUCAAAGGACAAACAUGUCUUUGGGCCUAUAAUGGUUUACCAGACGCGAUCCCCUGUGCCCAUGUUGUGUCCCAGUGUGUGCGUUUGCACGUCACAAAACCCGGACAGUGGAUUGAACAUCAACUGCCAAGAGCGGAAGUUACAUAACAUCAGCGAGCUAAACCCCAAACCCUCCUACCCAAAGAAACUCCACCUGACCGGUAACUACUUACAAGUGAUUUACAGAACCGAUCUCACUGAGUACAGCUCGCUGGAGCUGCUUCAUUUAGGAAACAACAGGAUAGCAGUGAUUCAGGAGGGUGCGUUCGAGAAUCUAACAAACCUCAGGCGCCUCUAUCUGAAUGGGAAUUACAUUGAAUCUCUUUCUCAGUCACUCUUCGCUGGCUUGCAGUCACUGCAGUAUCUUUACUUGGAAUAUAACAUCAUCAAAGACAUCUUACCACAAACCUUUAACUCUUUACACAACCUACAGCUGCUUUUCCUCAACAACAACCUCCUAAGAUAUCUCCCUGACAAUGUUUUCGGUGGCACGAUGCUCACAAGACUCAACUUGCGGAAUAAUCAUUUCUCUUACCUUCCCGUUCGAGGGGUCCUAGACCAGCUCUCAGCAUUUAUCCAGAUAGACCUCCAGGAGAACCCCUGGGACUGCACCUGUGACAUUGUGGCACUCAAAAACUGGAUGGAGCUGUCCAGUACCAGUGUGGUGGUGAAUGAAAUCACCUGUGAUUCACCAUCGAAACAUGCAGGUCGCCUCCUGCGCUCACUUCGCAACGAGGCUAUCUGCCCUGAGCCCAGCGAGGUUCCCCCGCCACAAAACACCCCCCCUACAAAAGCCCCUACGUUAAUAACCCCUUCCACUGAGGCUACCACCCCCUCCUCCUCCUCCUCCUCCUCCUCCUCCUCGUCCUCUUCUUCUUCUUCCGUUUUUUCUUCUUCUUCUUCUUCUUUUAGCUCAGUUAGUCCCACUGAAUCCCGAAUCCACACUCCUGAGUUACACCCCGAGGUCCCCCUUUCAGUCCUGAUUCUUGGGCUUCUUGUUGUUUUCAUCCUUUCAGUCUGCUUUGGCGCUGGCCUCUUUGUUUUUGUUCUGAAGAGGCGCAAAGGAGUUGAACACGUCCCCACGGGCGCCAACAACUUGGAUCUCAACUCUUUCCAAGUGCAAUAUGGCUCCUACACCCCCGAACCGACCCAGGACAAAACCUCUGAAAGCCACGUUUAUAACUACAUCCCCCCACCUGUGAACUCCAUGUGCCAAAACCCUAUUUACGUGCAGAAGGACGGCGAACAGGUGGCGUAUUACCGCAACCUGAAGGAGCUCAGCUUUGGGCCCCUGGAUGUAAAGAAGGACGACAUCCUCACGCGCAGCCCAGGGGCCUACACCAUCAGCACAAUGGAUUUUAUGGAUAAAUCCCCAACAUCGUGCGGUUUGACCACCCCAGAGCCUCCUGAGAUGUUGUAUCAAAACUUAGGGGAGAGGCCCAACAAAGAGCUUCCCACAGCUGCAGGCGCCCCCCCUUUCCAUUACAACUUUUGCACUUUACCCAAGAGACCUUGUAUCGUGCCCCCCUACGAGGCUGCUACAGCCCGACGGCAUGUCACCAACCAGGACAGGGUGAACAAAACUGUGCUGUACGGGACCCCCAGGAAAUACUACGGGGCCGAACACCCUUCCAAAAACAAUGAGCACCCGCUCCUGCUCCCCGGGAAGCUAAAAACAGAACCAGACUACCUGGAGGUUCUGGAGAAACAGACUGCGAUGAGCCAACUGUAAGAUAGCGACAAUGCCCCCUCCCCUCCUCCUCCACCUCCACACAGGUUCUGUGCAGCAUUCAUAAUAAUCACGCAGUUACUGUAAUAAUAGCCCUCUCUAUGUAUCUAUCUUAUCUAUCUGUGUUCAAUCCUACAUGAUUGACUGGAAGCGAAACGAAGCCUUUGAUCAUCUUUUUCCUCUCUUCUUUUUCUUCUUUUUUUUUCUUUCCAAGAUGUAUAAAAGGAAUAUAAGAAGUAUAUUAUUAUGCAGUUCUAUUUUUCUCCUGGAAGUUAUAAAUUAUUUCUUCUUCUUUUUUUGAAAAAUGAAAUUCCAAAAGACUUUGAUGACGGCAGGUAUCUAAUGGGCAGGACUGUGUACAAAUACGGCUUUGUGCUUUUCAUAAAACUGUAUUUUAUUAUUUUUUUCCCUGUGACAAACAGAAAAAGUAUGAAAUAAUUAUUCUUUGUAGACGAGGAUAUGCGACAGAUUGACAUUCCUGUACAUAUUUAGCAUACGCAGAUAAAUGGUGAGUGUUAAAACCAGAACAAGAAAAAAAAAACAUUUUCAAAAAUCCAACAAGCGGCAAAAUCUUACUAUACCUACUCCAGAAAGUGCCUUUGCACUCAACUAUUUUAUCAACAAUGCUCUCUGCAACAUGGAAAUGUUCCUCUUUUUUUUUUUUCAAAGUGCUGUAUUUUAAAGAAUCAUGUAAAAUAGAAGACUUAUUUGUCUGUUUAAAAAGAACAAAAAGCGGUAAAAAAAAAAUGAACUUGAGACUGGGUGUGAAAUGAUUUAUGUUCUUGACAGGGAGAAUCAUGUUAUUUUGCUUUCAAUAUGAAGUGUCUUUGGAGAUGUACAACUUAUAGAGAAUAUUGUAUGCUAUAGGGGAGCAAUACAGCGCGGCGAAAUUGCGCCAUUAAACUUUCACUGAAGCACUUUGUCAAGAUCCUGAGCUUGAGGUAAAUUUUGUUUAGACUGUGCAUAAUUAUU